AUGGCCUUUUGGAAGCGCAGGAUCAUUGUCCAUGACGAUGCGGUAACUACUGCAGUUCAUCUGACGGCUAGACAGUCCCUCAUUCCCAACAUUCUUGUCACUAUCCUUUUCUUUCUCUGGGGGUUUGCUUAUGGUCUCCUGGAUGUCCUGAACGCGCACUUCCAAAAGACGCUCAAUCUGUCCGGUAGCAUGUCUGCUGGACUGUCCGCAGCCUACUUUGGCGCCUACUUCAUCUGCCCACCGACCGUCUCGGGCUUGGUGCUGCGCCGCUGCGGCUUCCGCAUCACCUUCAUGGCGGGCCUCGCUGUGCUCGCCGCCGGCUGCCUCCUCUUCUGGCCGUCGGUGCUCAAGCGCUCGUUCGGCGGCUUCUGUGGCAGCAUGUUCGUCGUCGGCGCAGGCCUGGCAACCCUCGAGACAGCCGCCGAUCCGUUCCUCGCCAUCUGCGGCCCGCCGCGCUACUCUGAGAUUCGGCUCAACUUGGCUCAGGCCGUGCAGGGGGUUGGCUCUUUUGUUGCGCCUUUGAUUGGUUCACGAAUCUUCUUUGCUACCAAUCUCGGAACGGACGAGGGUCUCAAAAACGUUCAGUGGGUUUAUCUCGGCACGGCCUGCUUUGUUGGCCUGCUCAUUGUACUCUUCUUCCUGGCGCCGAUGCCUGAAAUCACAGACGCCGAUAUGCAGUUCCAGGAGAUCGAGAUUGGACAGCAGAACCCGGGCCCGCUGCGGACGCAGUUCAAUCUCUUUCUUGCAGUGUGGGCGCAGUUUUGCUACGUUGGAGCACAGGUUGCUGUCGCAAACUACUUCAUCCAGUUCUGUGUCUCAUCGGGCACGACAGAGGCCCGAGGUGCUGAACUCUUUGCCCUUGGACAAGGUCUAUAUGCACUCAACCGCUUCAUCGCAGGAGGGCUGAUGACCAUACCGGCCGUAAAGCCUCGUUACAUCCUGGUGUUGUACCUGGGAAUGUGCUUCGUGUUUGUCGUCCUCGCCAUGAACACGCGCGGACCCGCCUCGAUAGCCAUGCUGAUACUAGUUCUGUGCUUCGAGUCGGCCUGCUUCGCGACCAUUUUCACGCUGGGACUGAAGGGUCUCGGCCGCCACACCAAGAUCGGAGGGUCCCUCCUCGUGGCCGCCAUCUCGGGAGGCAUGGUGUUUCCUCCGAUGGCGGGCGCCGUCAUGGAUGAGAGAGGAGCCCACAUGGCCAUGGCUGUGCCGAUGGUGGGAUACAUACUAGCUUGG